AAAACAACUUAACAACAGAUGAUGAUUUAUUCAGUGAUAAAAAUAUUUGGUUUAUGCAUUUUGAGCUUUACAAUGGUGAUGACGAAACUGACUCAAAUUCCUAUCAAAUUUGAUAAACAAGGAAUUAUGUAUACAGAAUAUGAGAAAUUAGAUUUUUAUUUAGUGAAAAAUUUAACUUUAGUUAUUAAAGAUGAUAUAUGCGCAACAAUUGUGGAUUUUACACGUCCAACUGCAAAAGAAAUUCAAACAAAAUCUGGUUAUCGUAAUGUGACUGAUACAUGUGGAAUUUGGAUUAGAAAUCCAUCGAAAGGUUUAAGAUCCAGGAGACCAGAAUAAAUAAUUAUUACAAAUUCAUAGAAUUGGCAUGUUCAUAAUGAAUCAACCAAUGGAACAUUACAAAUUCCAAAAUAUUUCAAACAGACAGUUAACCAACAUUUUGUAACUUGAAUAAAUUGAGGCUUUUUUUCGCGAAUCAUGAGUUCUUAUUAUUAGGAUGAUCAGGUUGGGCUCCGUGAAGAAGUUUCUCCAAGAACGACGUUUCGCGAACUCGCAUCGUUUGCAUUAGCGGUGCAGUCAGAUAAAGGAAUGUGAGAAGAGUUAGUAGUGGAGAUAAGAGAGGUAUUAGGGGGUGUAGGAAGGAUUUGAUUUUGACCAAUUUGGUCUCGUGUGCUGUUACUGGUAUAAGGGCGG